AUGCGUACGCGGAACGACGAUUUCAAAAAGCGCGAAAAGCGAGUUCAGCCCGUGUUCCGAGAUGUUGGACCAAGCGGCAAAGGGGGCGGGGAACCAACCCACGGGGACCGUGGUGCGGAAGAUAACGCCCCAGUACACGAUGGUUACGAGGAGCGGGUAGCAGAUGAUGGUGCUGUAGUAGAGGGAAUGGAGGGCUUGCAGGGGACGGGGAAAUUUAUUGAGGAGGGGUGUUCCGCCGUGGAGGGCAUAGCUGAAGGUGUGGAGAGAGGCGAAGAAAAAAUAGAAGGCUAG